UUUUCGUUGUAUAUGGUGGACAUUUGACAUUCAUCAUUUUUCACUAGCCGCUCACUGAGAGUGUAAUUGUUGCUACCUUCACUAUGUCGAACGUCAACUUGUGUAACGAACAUAAUUUUUGAUUUUAUUUUAUUUUCAAUUUUAUUUGCUUCCAAAUUUUAUUUUCAAUAAAAGUAACGUCGGAAAUCAAACGAUAGGUAAAAUAAUUAAGUCGGAAACCGUUGUAUUUUCUGUUGAAUAUAAUAAUUUCCACAAAUUUAGGAUGCCGAUUUAUUGUUUUGUUCCCGAAUGCAAAACGAUUGGAACCAAAGGAUUUCAUCGUUUUCCGGCUGAUUCAGAGUUGAGAGAGACAUGGAUGGAAAAGACAAACACGCUUCACCUAAACCCAACAAAAAAUCACAAAAUCUGCCAUAAACAUUUUAAAGAAACGGACUUAAUUACUGACUGGAAUGGUAAAGAGCAACUGGCGCCGAAUGCUAUCCCCAGUUUGUUUUUGCCGCAGUCAUCAGCAUUGUAUUCGGAUCACGAUUAUUAUUCGAUUGGUCCUAUUCCAAGUACGACGAGAAAGCGUCUAAAUCGGCUAAAAAAUUCAGCACAAGGAGCUAUCGUCUCGGAUGACAACGUUGGGAAUGAGGUUGAAGUUGUUGUGGGUCGAGAAGAAACAAGUAAGGAUUUGGGUCUCUUUGGUAAGACUGGAGCAGAAGAUACAAUUGACUUGGGUCCUUACAUAAAUGCUGACUACAUAUUGUCAUUGGAGGAACAAUUACGUCGUAAAUCUGAGUUUUUGAUGCGAAUAAUCUGAAAUGGAUGGUAUGAUCUGGACGAAAUGAAGUUAUUGAGCUCGAAACGUUGAACGUUCAGCACGAACCGGAAUGCCGAAUAAACGAAGUGUGGCUGCUAACAUUAAUGAUCUAGACGGAAAAUCAUUUAUGCGAUUAAUAAUUGGAUUUAGUAAUAGUACCUUACGCGUCUAUGUGAAAGUUUGGUUAUCUUUGUGGACAAGGU